AUGGUCACGGACUCGGAAGAGGCGGCGCAGUCGCGCGGAGGCGCGGAGACCGACGGCGAAGCGACGGCGCGGCUGGCGGAGGCGCGCCUGGCUGCAGCGGCUCCGGACGACGCGGGCGACAUGGAGGGCGACAGAGGGCGGGAGGAGGAGGAGCGAGGCGAAAAAAAGAACAAUGCGCAGGUGGACGCGGAAGAUCGACCGGAGAAGCUGAAGGUUGCAAAGAAAAUACUGCGAAAAGACUGCUCCGUGCCCACCGGCGUCGUACUUACGGCGGUCCUUUCGCUCUGCCGGAAGAGACAGCUCCCUCCUCCCUCGCCACGUUGUGAAUCCAGGACUGCGCUGCGCGUGCGUCUCCUCGGCGGCGGUGCCGGCGGCAGCACCGAGGGCGUCAGCGGCGCGCACUUGGGGCUCGGCUAUGAAUGCGGCGAAUUAGGCCCAUCAGCGGCGGCGCCCGCGCCAGCGCACGGCACGUGCACGGCCACCUCACGGCCAGGCGGCGGCGGCGGCGGCGGCGGCGGCGUGCGCUUCGCCACGUUGAUAUCUACUAGAAAUUGUUGGAAUAUUGAGGACCACUUCUACUGCAUUCUCGAUAAAGAUGAGAUUUUUGUUGAAUUUGAAGAACUUUUCUUGUUAUAA